GCGGCGUCGGGAGCGCCUACGGCGGCGACGCGCCCGAGCCCCUCCGUUCGGUGGUCGGGGAUAGGUGUCGGGAGCGCGCACGCUGUGCGUUCCGGGCUCGUGCUCGCGGACUUCGGAUUCAGCUCGGGGAAGCCGGAGAAUCUGAGCCGCCAUGUUCCUCUCCUCGUCACUCCGGGCGGGGGCCGCCGGUCUCGUCGCCCACUGGGGGAGACAAAUGAGAUGCUUACACAAAACAGCUGUGCAAAGUGGAGCUGGAGGAGCCUUAUUUGUGCACAGAGAUACUCCUGAAAAUAACCCAGAUACUCCAUUUGAUUUCACACCAGAAAACUACAAGAGGAUAGAAGCAAUUGUAAAGAAUUACCCAGAGGGACAUAAAGCAGCAGCUGUGCUUCCAGUACUGGACUUAGCCCAAAGGCAGAAUGGAUGGUUGCCCAUAUCUGCUAUGAACAAGGUUGCUGAAAUUUUACAAGUACCUCCAAUGAGAGUAUAUGAAGUAGCAACUUUUUAUACAAUGUAUAAUCGAAAGCCAGUUGGAAAGUAUCAUAUUCAAGUCUGCACCACUACACCUUGUAUGCUUCGAGAUUCUGACAGCAUACUGGAGGCCAUUCAGAAAAAGCUUGGUAUUAAGGUUGGAGAAACUACACCUGACAAGCUUUUCACACUAAUAGAAGUGGAAUGUUUAGGUGCUUGUGUAAAUGCACCAAUGGUUCAAAUAAAUGAUAAUUACUAUGAAGAUUUGACGCCCAAGGAUAUUGAAGAGAUAAUUGAUGAGCUGAAAGCUGGCAAUGUUCCAAAACCUGGACCAAGGAGUGGACGUUUCUCUUGUGAGCCAGCUGGCGGUCUUACAUCUUUGACUGAGCCACCCAAAGGACCUGGUUUUGGUGUGCAGUCAGGCCUCUAAGUAAUUUGUAUGACUUUGUUUAAAAACCCCAAACAAACCUGUUAAAAUAUUUCUCCAUACAUUUAAAAUAAAUUAAUCUCCCCAUCUAUGCAAAUGUUUAAUAUUGUAUAUUCUGGUUUGUGUUUACCCAGGUGGUGAUAUAGCCUUUACAGUUGUAAAUACCAUGUAAAAACUACAAAACAUCCUCUUGAAACAUUUUCCAUGCCAUGGCUAACAAGACAUUAUUAUGUUGUAGGUAUAAACACUUUUCCAGCUAUAUCCAUUUCAGCAACAUAAUCAGUUCACAUUUGACAUGAAAAAGUAUCUUAUGACAAUUCAGUUUUUAAACUGUAUUUGAAUUUUCUGUUGCUAUUAUAAUUGCAUUACCAUAAAUGUUCUCUAAAUCUUAUGUCAGCAUCCUUUCAAAAUAAAUAUAAGGCCAAUAAUAAUAAUAAUACUAAUGAAGACAGCUAACUUUUAUAUAGAACUUCUAUGUGCCAGGCACUAUGCCAAAGAUGUGUAUGUUCCCAUAAGUAUAUCACCAUAUUUUCCAAAUGGUACUCCAGGAAUGCUUUGGGUAGUGGGAUAAGGAAAUUAUCUUGUUUUCAGAACCAUCAUUUUAAAAAGAAAAGCUUCCAUCAUGUAUAGACACAUUGAUGUUAUCUUUGGCUAUUUUGACUCAGAACGAUUACUAACAAGUCAGACAUUCUUUUGUAUUCAAAUAAAAAACCCAAACUAUUAUCAGCUUUUACCUUGGCAUACAUAGGCAAAUAUCUAUUACAUUUAUUUAGGGAUUCCUCAAAAUCACUUGUCAUAAAGACAAUUCAGAAAUACUGAACUUUUUGCUAGCAAAUAUCGAUAGCCCCAAAUAUCAACUAUGUUCUCCAUUCCUGAAUGAAGUUUAAAAAUAUUAUUUUAGAAAUACUCUGUUCUCUACUAAAGCCUUCUAUAUCCUUUUUUAUCUUAUCUGUAAAAUUCUGAAACAUAAAGGCAUAGCUGGGUAUGGCUGGACUUUUUUAUUAGUAAUGUCUACUUAAUGCUUAAUAUACUAAACUGUUAAUUUUUAACUUUAGAAAAGUGAAAGAGAUGUAGCAGAGACCUUGAAACAAAGUGAUCUAAAGCCCACUAGGCAUCAUUCUCUAUAUAUAAUGUGUUAAGGGAAUGGAAUGGAAAGCAUUUUAGGUAAAUGUCACAAUGCCUUAGUUGCUGUAAAGAUCUAUAAUUUUGUCUUCCACCAAUGCAGAUGGCAAAUAACCCUUAAAUAAUUUAGUAGAUAGUCUUGUAGAGUUACCCUACAAGUCAGUUUGUCUUUGAGCCUCCCUGAAUUAAGCUAGACUGUUCUAGAGACAUAGAUUCCCAUGAGGCCCAUACUCAGAGUUUUAAAGUUUGUUAGAACCUAUCUGAGUUUAUUCUUUGCUUACAUAGCCUUCGGGAACCUAAGGUGUUACCUACAUGAUAAGGCUUCAUAGGGUUUUAGUUGAGAAAACAUGCUAAAGAUGUUAAUAUAUAUGAUGAUAAUUUUGCUUCAAAUUAAAGUUGCAGAUAGCUUAGACUUCGUGUAAAAUAUGCAAAAUUCCUGCUUUUACAGUAUGUUCAGAGUACAAUCUGUGCUCCAUAUCUACAAAAACUCCCAAUUUGCACAUUUUAUCACAGCAUAUGUAUGAGUAACACUUGAAUUUUGCAUUUUUACAUUGCCAAGCCAGGACACCAAUUUAAAAAUUUCUUUUAUUUAUUUUGUAUAUACUUAUUUAAAAUGUAAGCUCCUUUGCAAGCGAGAACUGCUUUCCUUUGGUCUUUGUAUUAUUCCCAGUGCCCAGCAAUGUAGUGCCUGCCAUACAUUUGGCACUAAAUAAAUGCUUGUUGAGACAAACUAGUAUGAGUAAAUUCAAUUAAUAAACUACUGUUUUUCAAAAAAAAACAUGAAAUCAUUGCAAGAAAUCACAUUUCUGAACUGCUCAGCUAGUAAUGAGAACUGUUCCCCAGUGAAUUCAUGGCAAAUUAGUCUAGGUAAGAAAGAUGCUGUGAAACCACUAGGGAGUCAUCAUGCACUUCCUGCCCUUAAAUCUUUUGCUUGUUUUAGUGGGAGAGCUAAAGGGCAAUUUAUUGCUUAACAGCAAAUUGAUUAGUCCUUUAAAGAGUUCAGCUUUUUUCUUAUCUCCAUUAGUACCUUCUAGUAGUUGUCACAGACAGUUACCAUUAUGAGGAGAAAAACCAAAAAAAGCAUCUUAUCAAAAAUAAUCAUUUAUUCUAUGAAUAUUACAAGAGCCAGAAAGUUUUCAAUUCUACCUGUGUGAAAUUUCUUGUUACUACUAUAGUGACUACUCCCAAGGAUGCAAAAAUAAUUGCUACAUAGAAUUCUUCCUUAUGCUAGUAUAUACUCUGACCACAUUUCGACUAUGUAGUUAAAUCCAUUUAGUAGCAAACUCCUAACAUUGUACUUUAAGGUUUGCAGAUCGCUUAGCAAUUUAGAGAAGCAGUUAUUAUUACCCUCGUUUUACAGAUGAAGGAACUGACAUUUAGAGGUUACCUGACUUAUCCAUAAUCAUACAGGACUAAAUGUCAGAAACAGGAUUAGAAUCCUUAUUAGAAAUUCUGGGUCCUUCUGAUUCCAACUCCGAUUUCACAUCCUGCUUCUGACACACUGGCUGGUUAAUCCUGGGCAAGUCACUUAACAUCUCAGUGUUCUGGGCAGAGGUAUCACCCAGUACCAAUUAACUCACAGGUCCAGUUUCUAUCCUCCUUGUAUUUAUUGGUGAUUGUCUUUUUUAUGGCAUUUAAACCAAAAGAAAAGGGCACAAACUCAAACUACACAUAAGUACAUAGUAUGGUAGAAACCUUAAACUCAAUUGAGUUUCCCAUUAGAGGAUAACUUUAGGUUCAAUAAAGUGUCUUGAAAAUUCCGAGUUACAAAUUACAAGAACCUGAAGUAGAGCAGGGAUUUGGUAUAUCAGGUUUUUAAUAACCCCACAUAUUAAUUUUUAGCACACAUAAUGAAUUUUUUAAUAAUGUCUUUACUCCUGAACAAGUUUUGACCAAAGAAAGGCACUGCUCUCUGUCAUCAAUUACUUCAGUGUACAAAUAGGGAAUAAGUUUUUUUUAUCAGGCUUACUUCCAGAAGACAUGUUUCUAUCAACUAUCUUAGCAAAACUGUCUUCCAGGGCCUAGCAUCAUGCUCUUCAAAGAGCAGGUACUUAAUGUUUUGUUGAAUUUGACCAUACUUUUUAUUAUCUAGGUCUGGCUUUAAUUUCUUUGCUUGGUUUGUAACCUCAGUUUCACAAUGAAGAAUAAAACUAGAGUUUGCACUGA